UAGAAGAGAGGCCAACUCAGAACCCAAGAUUUCAUUCUAAUGUAAUCCCUUGCAUCAGGAUGGAAGGAGAAUCUUACCACAAUGCAACCACAGACAAUGGCACCCGAGUAAGUCACCAGGCUCUGGGACGCCAUGGUCUGUGGGAAGUCAUCACCAUUGCUGCCGUGACAGCCGUGGUCAGUCUCAUCACCAUCGUGGGCAAUGUCUUAGUCAUGAUCUCCUUCAAAGUGAACAGUCAGCUGAAGACGGUGAACAACUACUACCUGCUCAGCUUAGCCUGUGCAGAUCUCAUCAUUGGGGUCUUCUCCAUGAACCUCUACACAACCUACAUCCUGAUGGGGCGCUGGGCUCUUGGCAGUCUGGCCUGUGACCUGUGGCUCGCACUGGACUAUGUCGCCAGUAACGCUUCUGUCAUGAAUCUUCUGGUGAUCAGUUUUGACCGUUACUUUUCCAUCACAAGACCCCUGACCUACCGGGCCAAGCGUACCCCAAAGAGGGCCGGCAUCAUGAUUGGGUUGGCUUGGCUGAUCUCCUUCAUCCUCUGGGCCCCGGCUAUCCUCUGCUGGCAGUACUUGGUUGGGAAGAGAACUGUACCUCCUGAUGAGUGUCAGAUCCAGUUCCUCUCUGAGCCCACCAUCACUUUUGGCACUGCCAUUGCUGCCUUCUACAUCCCCGUUUCCGUCAUGACCAUCCUGUACUGCCGAAUCUACCGGGAAACAGAAAAACGAACCAAGGAUCUGGCGGACCUGCAGGGUUCGGACUCUGUGGCUGAAGCUGAGAAGAGAAAACCCGCUCCCAAGGCACUGCUCAGGUCCUGCUUUCGUUGCCCUCGCCCCACACUGGCGCAGAGGGAAAGGCACCAAGCCUCCUGGUCAUCUUCACGUAGGAGCACAUCCACCACUGGGAAGCCCUCCCAAGCCAUGGGCCCCCACACUGAAUGGGCCAAAGCAGAGCAGCUCACUACCUGCAGUAGCUACGCAUCCUCGGAAGAGGAGGACAAGGCCACCACCGACCCUGUCUUCCAAGUGGUGUACAAGAAUCAGGCCAAGGAAAGCCCGAAGGAAGAAUUUGGUCCAGAAGAUGCCCAGGAAACAUUUAUGAAAGGCCACACUGGAAAAAAUGACUAUGACACUCCCAAAUUCUUCCUGUCUCCAGCUGCCGGUGGUAGACCCAAGAGUCAGAAAUGUGUGGCCUACAAAUUCCGGUUGGUGGUAAAAGCAGAUGGGACCCAAGAGACCAACAAUGGUUGUCGCAAGGUGAAAAUCAUGCCCUGCUCCUUCCCAGUGUCCAAGGACCCUUCAACGAAAGGCCUUGACCCCAACCUCAGUCAUCAAAUGACCAAACGAAAGAGAAUGGUCCUUGUCAAAGAGAGGAAGGCAGCCCAAACCCUGAGUGCCAUCCUCCUGGCUUUCAUUAUCACAUGGACCCCUUAUAACAUCAUGGUUCUGGUUUCCACCUUCUGUGACAAGUGUGUCCCAGUGACCCUGUGGCACUUGGGCUAUUGGUUAUGUUAUGUCAACAGCACUGUCAACCCUAUUUGCUAUGCCCUCUGCAACAGAACCUUCAGGAAGACCUUUAAGAUGCUGCUUCUCUGCCGAUGGAAAAAGAAAAAAGUGGAAGAGAAGUUGUACUGGCAAGGGAAUAGCAAGCUCCCCUGAAAAGUUUACAAUUCCCCUCAAAAGAAUGAGCAUUUUAAGCUCCUUUUGAAUCCUGUGAGCCAAUUCUGGUUUAUUUUCCCAAAAGACCCAUUCUUUUG